GGACCCCCGGGGGCGCUGUCCCCGCCGCAGGACCGGCCCGUGGAGUGGGCCGCCGCGCAGGUCGCUGCUGCAGUGCCGUGAUUCCCCACCACCGGCGUGCCUGCCUCCUCCUAUAUCAGCCACAUGGUGCGGGUAGCGGCUUCGGCUCGGCAAGGCGGGAGAGGAGAAGGAGGAGGAGAUGGGGCAGGAGGAGGAGGCGCAGUCGCUGGCGCUCACGCCGACGUGGGUGGUCGCCUCCGUCUGCCUCGUCAUCGUCGCCAUCUCCCUCGCCGCCGAGCGCCUGCUCCACCGUCUCGGCAAGGUGCUCAAAUUCAAUGGGCAAGAAGCACUAUUCUCAGCCUUGCAGAGAGUCAAAGAAGAGUUGAUGAUUCUGGGUUUCAUUUCCUUCCUACUAAGCGUCUGUCAAAAUCUCAUCAAUCGCAUUUGCAUCCCGGAGAGCGCUGCACGAAUCAUGCUUCCAUGCAUUGAAGAGUCCAAAGCCAGAGAAGAUGCUGCCAAACUCUGCAAGAGAAAGGGUGAAGUUCCCAUGCUAUCUGAAGAGGCUCUGCAUCAGCUGCACAUCUUUAUCUUUGUACUUGGUGUGGUGCAUGUUUUGUUCUGUGUUACAACGCUGUUACUUGGUGGAGCUAAGAUGAGAACAUGGAAUAAAUGGGAGAAAGAAAUUCAACAAGGAAGACUCAACGAGCGUGAAAAGAGGCCAGGCUGGAUGAAACCAUCUGCUGUAAGAUGGAUUAUUGCAUUCUUCAAGCAGUUUUAUAAUUCUGUCGGUAAACCAGAUUAUCAAGUACUCAGAUCAGCUUUUGUUCUGCGGCACUACCCAAAUCGCCCAGACUUUGAUUUCCACAAGUACAUGGUUCGUGCCCUUGAGCAUGAUUUCAAAGAAGUAGUUGGAAUCAGCUGGUACCUAUGGCUUUUCGUUAUCGUCUUCCUGCUGCUGAAUAUAAAUGGGUGGCACACAUACUUCUGGCUGUCUUUCUUGCCCUUGAUUCUUCUGCUUAUUGUUGGCACUAAGCUGGAGUACAUCAGCACUCGAUUGGCUCAAGAAGCAGCGGAUUGUUCUGAUGAAGCAUCAGGAAACCCAUGGACGAAGCCAUGCAAGGAGCACUUUUGGUUUAGCCACCCUAGGGCCGUCCUCCAUCUGAUCCAUUUCAUCUUGUUCCAGAACUCCUUUGAGAUGGCAUUUUUCUUCUGGGUCCUGGCAACAUAUGGGUUCGAUUCAUGCAUCAUGGAGAACAGAUCAUAUGCACUCCCCAGACUUGCUAUUGGCAUCAUCGUUCAGGUGCUCUGCAGCUACAGCACCCUGCCGCUGUACGCCAUUGUCACCCACAUGGGCGGCGACAUCAAGCUGCAGGCGUUCGGCGAGCACGUACACGUGUCCGUGCACAGCUGGGCGACGGACGUGAAGAAGAAGGCGACGUCGCUGCCGGCUCAUCCGAACCCGCACCCGCACCAACACCCGCACUCGCACCUCCGGAUCCCGUUUCUCAACAAGAAGCGGCACAGCGGACGUGGCCCCGCAACCGAGGAGGCCGCGGCGCAGGCGAGGGCGACGGAGCAGCGCGCCGGUAGCUCCAGCACGCCCACCGCGCCGCCGCCGCAGCGGGCCAACGACCUAGAGGAGAUCGUGACGACCACGGAGGAGGACCAUCGUCGUCGCAACGCCAGUUUCUCGUAGCUUCGUACAUGCUCGCGUUACUAAGUCCUAACGGUAGGCCGGGCGCGUCGGCCGUGUCUCGCUGUGACGCCCACGUCUUCAUCCGGCCGGCAGGACCUAGUCGAAGCUACGCUGUUGCCGCCGCCGAGGCGCCGACGUGGCAUGCUAGCUCUGAAGCCUGCAGGUUGGAUAAACUACUUAUAACAGACUAGCUAGGACAUGUUUCGCGCGAUCUCAACACUUCGAAACUUUGACAAUAUAAUAUCGCCUCGUUUUACCUUAAUUAACUCUUUAUGUACCGUAUCUCUGAGCAGUAUAUUUGCUCUUAUCAUGAUUUUUCUCCUCUAAAA